GGUGGGGGCGGUUCGAGUGCAGCGAGUGGCUUCACAAUACAAAGAGCCGGAAAUAAGAGAGCUGGCGGUGGUGUGACUUUCUCGCUCUCCUUCUCUCCGUACAUCGCGUAAUCCACGUCCAAAGCAAAGUAUUGGUAGUGUGCUGUUACCGGAAAAGAUAGCAGACGAGAAACGGGUCGGCUAUCUGCGGCCAAGUGAAGUGUAGAAGCUUAGAAAUCCUGGUUAUCUGAAAGGCUGUCAUCAGAAUUUAUUUACUGAAGAUUUCUUACUGAACGGACAUACAGUACUUUGUGUCUUCGUGUGCCUUACCUACAGUCUGCCAAAGAGGUAAAUCCAGGGUGAAAUAAAACAAAAAUGCCACUGUUCAAAUCUCAUAAAAGCCCAGCAGACAUUGUCAGAAAUCUCAAAGAGAACAUGGCCAUGCUGGAAAAACAUCAUAUUUCAGACAAAAAGGCUGAAAAGGCCACUGAGGAUGUGUCAAAAUCCCUGCUAACCAUGAAAGAGAUACUGUGUGGUACCAAUGAUAAGGAGCCUCAGACUGAAACCGUUGCACAGCUGGCACAGGAACUAUAUAAUAGUGGACUGCUGAUAUCAUUAAUUGCACACUUACAACUGAUAGACUUUGAGGGGAAGAAGGAUGUUACCCAGAUUUUCAACAACAUUUUGCGGAGGCAGAUUGGCACUCGAACUCCAACAGUGGAAUAUAUAUGUUCUCAUGAGCAAAUUUUGUUUAUGCUUUUAAAGGGGUAUGAAACACCAGAGAUUGCCUUGAACUGUGGAAUAAUGCUGAGAGAAUGCAUCAGACAUGAACCACUUGCCAAAAUUAUCCUAUACUCUGAACAUUUUAAAGAUUUCUUCAAAUAUGUGGAAAUGUCAACAUUUGACAUUGCUUCAGAUGCCUUUGCAACAUUUAAGGACUUGCUUACCAGACAUAAAGUCAUGUGUGGACAGUUUUUAGAACAGAAUUAUGAUUUGGUAUUUAAUGACUAUGAAAAGUUGUUGCACUCUGAGAACUACGUGACAAAAAGACAAUCAUUAAAGCUUAUAGGAGAGCUGCUUUUGGACAGGCACAAUUUCACAGUUAUGACAAGAUACAUAAGUAAACCUGAAAAUCUGAAGCUCAUGAUGAACCUCUUAAGGGACCAAAGUAGAAAUAUCCAGUUUGAGGCAUUUCAUGUAUUUAAGGUUUUUGUGGCAAAUCCAAAUAAAACGCAACCCAUUCUGGAUAUCCUGUUGAAAAAUCAGGCCAAACUGAUAGAAUUCCUCAGUCAAUUCCAAGCAGACAGAACAGAUGACGAUCAAUUUAAUGAUGAGAAGUCCUACUUGAUUAAACAGAUCAGGGAUUUGAAAAGACCAGCGCCUCAACAGUCUUAACAUGUUUGGUUCAGAGGAAUGUCUAUGGAUGUAGCUUUAUUUGCUGUAUCUGUAUACAAUAUGAUCACAUUUCUUUGUAGGAAAGGGAUUGUGUAGUAACAGUAACUCACCUCUAGUAUUUAUAUAUAAUAAAACUAAUUUUAUUCAUGCAUAUUGUUUUUCAGAGUGCUUGUACAUUAGUUUUCCCCCCUCCUACAUAUAAGGUAGUAUGUAAGUUUAGAGGUUUACAUACUUGCACAGUAGCAGUGAUUCUUUUCUUUGCUCUUAAAAUUCAGGUAUCCAGUGCUGAGGCUAGCAUGCUGUUGAUUUGGCUAUUAUAGCUAAAUAAGAUAUCGCUACUGUUCUUCUAUGUAAAUUCAUUUUUAUUUUGAUUGUUUAUCACAGUGAAUUAGGGCACAUCUGCAAAACCACCUGUUCACAAUGGUAAGUGUGCAGAACCUGAUCUCUAACUAGCUUUAAGAAUGGGCUUCCCCAAUCUCCCUGAUGUGAUCCCACUGAAAAGCACUAUUAUAAUAACUCUACUUCAAAUUAGCCUCACUUAACUACCGUAAUUGAGUUAAUAUCUUUCCAUAAAUCUACUCAUUUUAUAUUAAUACACUUCUCUUUGUGAACAGAUUAGGAUAAAGCAGAUGAAGAAUGAUUGGUGAAUAUUUUCUUUAAGUAUGAAAAUGAAACCAUGUCCCCAUUUUUUUUUUUUUUUUUUUUUUUUUUUAAAUAAUUUACUUGGGGCCAAGUUAUAAUUUAAAUUUUUGGUUGCACAUAUCGUUUUUUUUUUCUUUUUAAAAUGUGUAAUUGUACAUACGUGGUUGCAUUCACUGAGUACCUGUUAUGCUAUGUACGGCUGCAGUUGAAAGUAAUUGCUGCUUUGGUCAACUUUUCACAAGGUCACAAAUACAGCCUACUUUGAGUACUUUUUAAAUAAAAGUUAUUAAACUUACAAAA